AUGUCACGCAACUCUGACUCUCCCCAAGACCUCUCGUCGGCUGCCUCGUCCGAUGAAGAAAGUGUUUCAGACGAUGGCACCAUCAGCGGACCUCCCAGCACGGUGCCCACUGCCAACAACUCCCCUUUCAUUCCCCCCACCAAUCCUCUGGGUAUACCAGCUCAGUAUCAUCCUGCUGCUGCGUUCCCUGCUCUCAGUCAAGCUCUCCAGCUUGUUCUACCUCAAGCCAGACAAGACGCCUUCGCCUCGCAGAUCGAUGAGGUUGAGGUACAGUUAGGACUCCUCGGGACUAGCAACUACGUCAGCCCAUGGGGUAUCCCAACCCCAAACCGUGCCGUCUUCUACUAUCCACCUCGUACCGAUGGUAUUGACAUGGCCGAGCUCCAUGCCAUAGAAGCCGACGUCAUGUUUGCCAGAUACUACCACGACUACGACCCAGAGGAUGGUUACUUUCCCGCCAGCGACAGAAGAUCCCAUAUCGCUGGCAUGCGCAGACGCAGGCGCAAUCUCGUUCCCGACCCUCCUGCUUUCCAGUAUGGCGGCGAGCCAAACGAUGAAGGUAGCGACGACGAAGAAGAGUAUCUCUACCUUCGAGACUCCACAGCUCCCAGUAGCGGCCGCGAGAGCCAUGCUAGCCCAUACAUCUCUUUCGCCGACAUGGCUGACGACCCCGGUCGUCCUGGUACUAGUCAUGCAGGCACGGCCAUCUCCAACACCAGACUGUCCAGAUCAACUCCAAGCAUCCAUCGUGCAGACACUGGCACCUCCAUUACCGACGACGACGCCCAUGCUGGAGUCCACACGGAUGCUGUCCCUGAGAGGACCGACACAGCCCUGAGAAGAUCUGCAUCCGCGUCUCCAACUCCCACUAUCACGCCUGAGCAGUACAACGCCGACGUUGUGGCUAUGGACCAUUCUGUGCAGGCGACAUCUACCUCUGGUUCCGCACUCAUCUCGUCUGAGGACGUCACGACUGUCCCUACGUCUACAGUCGCUUUGUAUCAGGAGUUCAGAGCUCUGUCUGUGGCCACCGAGACCACAGAGGAGUCGCCCAUCCUCCCACGCAAUUGGGUCACUCGCACCAGUAACUUCGACCAUCCCUCCUACUUUCGCCUUGCUCAUGGCAUAAUCUGGGACCUGGAGAAUGACAACUACACCAGCAGACCUUACACUGCGCCUUACCACGAGGAAGACGAUGAUGAUGACGACGGAAACGGUGGUCUUUGA